AUGAAACUUUUGACCCAAAUGUUUACAAGUUUACGAAACGGGCAAAUGUCGAGGAAACAAAUUGUGCACAUGCCGUAUUCAAAAUUUUGUUGGAAUGUAUUAACUGUUUUAUUGUUUCAUGGAUAUAUUCAGGGAAUGCAAAAAAGAGAUACCAAGAUUUUUGUUGUCUUAAAAUAUAUCAAAGAGCAACCAGCCAUUAAGAAACUUGAACAAAUUUCUUCAGCAAGUCAACGCGUGUAUACUCCAUACACUCAAUUAAAAUCUCCACAACAAGGACUUGGUUUAUUACUUGUAUCAACGUCCAAAGGUAUUAUGUCAAGUGCACAAGCUCUUGAACUCAAAGUUGGGGGUGAGGUUUUAUGCAAAAUUUUCUGA